AUGGCUUCCAUCGGCACCGGGGAUUCUGCACCGCCCGCGAUUCAUCCGGCGGUGGUUAUCGAGGCCGGAGACCGCGUGCGAGUCCGAGACCAUGUACGCUUGCCUGCCCUCGAGAAAGACCAGUUCCUGGUGCGAACGGAGGCCGUGGCCGUGAACCCUAGCGACACCAAAAUGCGCGGGGCCUUUGUGACUGCCGGUGGUGUGCUGGGCACCGAUUAUGCCGGCACAGUCGUUGCCCGUGGGCAGGGGGUCACCGAGGUCGAGGUUGGCGACAGGGUCUGCGGAGCUCAGCACGCUAUGGAUGCCAACACGCCUCUUCGCGGAUCGUUCGGUGCAUACAACAUCUCCGCUGGCAAGGUCUGGUUGAAGUUGCCGCCCUCGGUCAGCACCGAAGGCGGCGCUACGUUCGGUGCCGGCAUCAGCACUGCAGGACUCGCCCUGAAGCUUCUGGGGCUGCCACUGCCUGAUGCUCCAGUUGCGAAGCCGGCAUAUAUCCUUGUGUACGGAGGCAGCACAGCUACUGCAACAAUUGCCAUGCAGCUGUUGAGCCUUGCCAACAUGAUCCCCAUUGCAGCUUGCUCGCCGAAAAACGCAGACCAAGUCAGGGCCUACGGUGCCGAGGCGACCUUUGACUAUCGCCAGCCGGACUGUGCCGCCAAGAUAAAAGCCUUCACGAAAAACAACCUGCGGUACGCGCUGGACUGCAUCACGACAGUCGAGUCCACCGCCUUCUGCUACGCCGCCAUUGGUCGUGCUGGUGGCAAGUACGUCGCCCUGGACCCGUUCUCGCAGCAUGCUGCUACGCGCGCCAAUGUCGUGGCCGACUGGGUUCUUGGGCCAUCCAUCUUCGGCGACGGCUCGACCUGGCCUGCUCCGUACGGCCGACCCCCGAGUGAGGAAAUCCGUGCCUACGGCGAGAAGCUGUGGGCGCUGGCGCAGAAGUUGGUCGACGAGGGCAAGCUGCGACAUCAUCCCGUGAGAAUCCUUGAAGGUGGGCUCGAGGAGGUGGUGACGGGAAUGGAGAUGGUGAGGAGCGGGAAGCUCUCGGGAGAGAAAUGUGUAGUGCGUCUGGCCAAGGCAGGAUGUUGA